AUGAAUUUAUUACCAGAUCUAAAUCAAAUUAAACCACCAACAGAUAAAUCAAGACUUUGGAAAGAUGAAUGUUGUUAUUGUUUUGAUACACCUGAAAGUAAAAAUGGACUCUAUAUCGAUUUAGUUAGCUUGUUAUCAUUCUGUAAAGAUCAUUUGCAAUUAAAUUAUUCAAAAACUAAACAUCAUAUAUAUUUAAAUUAUAAAAAAGUUGUUGUACCAAAUUCCUCAGCAUCACCAACAUCAAAAGGAAAGAACAAAGAUGAAACUAGUGAACAACCACCAAAGAAAUUAGCAAUCGGAAUUGAAGGAGGCUUUGAUCCAUAUCAAGAAGAGGUAAAAUAUGAAGAUCACUAUUCACUUUUCAUUUUCCCUGAUGGCAAAGAAAUGGAAUUAGACAAUCCAGAAGUACCAUCAAUAGUCAAGCAAACAUGUGACAAAAUUAAAACUAUGAAUUCACAAAGCAGAAAAGAAGAAAUUGUAAGUUGGAAUGCUGAAUCUGUAUUCCCAUCAGCAUUUGCAGAAUCCAUUAUUCAAAUCGAUAAUCCAAAAAGAAUCAAUCCAAAAGGACCAUGGAAAUGUGAUGUUGAGGAUUGUGACAAAAAAGAAAAUCUUUGGUUAAAUUUAACUGAUGGCUUUAUUGCAUGUGGUAGAAAAUAUGCUGAUGGCAGUGGUGGCAAUGGACAUGCCCAAAAACAUUUUGAAGAAACUCAGUAUCCAAUCUCUGUUAAAUUAGGUAGUAUCACUAAAGAUCAUGCCGAUGUAUAUAGUUACCCAGAAGAUGAAAUGGUUGGUGAUCCAUUACUUUUCCAACAUCUUGCUCAUUUCGGUCUCAAUCCAAAUAUUAUGGAAAAAACAGAAAAAUCAAUGGCCGAACUCGAAUUGGACCAAAAUCUCAAUUUCGAAUUUGGUAAAAUUCAAGAAAAAGGUAAAAUUUUAGAAAAUGUAUUUGGUCCAGGUCUUACAGGUAUUGAAAAUCUUGGUAAUAGUUGCUAUAUGUCAUCAGUACUUCAAAUGCUCUUUUCAUUAGAUGGUUUCCAAAAUCGUUAUCAAUCAAAUACUGAACAAUCAUUCAAAGAAAUUACUCAAGAUCCAACCCAAUCAUUUGAAAUUCAAAUGAACAAACUUGCAGAUGGUCUUUUAUCAGGCAAAUAUUCAGUACCAAUCGAAACCAACCAACCAAAGAAUCCAAAUGAAGAAUCUGAAAAAGCUACCCAAAUUGGUAUUGCACCAAAAAUGUUCAAAUCUUUAGUUGGAUCCAAUCAUCCAGCCUUUUCAACCAUGCAACAACAGGAUGCUUUAGAAUUCUUCCAAUAUUUAGUUGAAUUUAUUGAUAGAGCCGAAUUUUCAAGACCAUCAUGGAUUGAUUCUGCCAAUCCAACAAAGAAUUUCCAAUUUCAUAUGGAAGAAAGAAUUCAAUGUGGUUCAACAAAUAAAGUUAAAUAUAACAGAAGAUUAGAAAAUGUUUUAUCAGUACCAGUCUCAUUAGAUGAUGCCACCAAUAAACCACAAGUUGCUGAAUAUGAAGAGAAAUUAAAAGCAAAUAAUGGUGUUCGUCCAAAAGAUGAAGAAGAGAUUAGACCAACCAUUCCAUUAUUAUCAUGUAUUAAAAAUUCAUUCGAACCAUACAAGGUUGAUGAUUUCCUCAGCCCAGCUACCAACUCUAAAACAUUCUCCUUAAACUCAUCAAAAAUGGCAACUUUCCCAGGUGUUUUAGUUAUUCAUCUAAAGAAAUAUACCUACAAUGCUGACUAUACACCUUUAAAAUUAAAUGUAUUCAUGGAUGUUCCAGAUAUUAUUGAUAUUAAUAAUCUUAGGGGUUUAGGUUUAAAAAAUAAUGAAGAGCUAUUACCAGAAUCAUCACCACCUGCAGCUGCCAAACCAAAAUAUUCUCAAGAAAUGUUAGAUCAAAUGUUAUCAAUGGAUAUCCCAUUAGCUAUUGCAAAGAAGGCCUUAACUGCUACUGGUGGUAAAGACGUAGAAUUAGCUAUGAAUUGGGUAUUCGAACAUAGUGGUGAUCCAGGUAUCAAUGAUGAACCUUUACCAGAACCAAUAUCUGCAAAUUUACCAAAUCAACAAUUAGUAUUUAAUCCAAUUGAUAUUGACAAUUUAGUUUCAAUGGGUUUUGACUCUGACCAAGCCAAACUUGGCCUCAAAAAAACUGAUGGAAAUGUUGAACGUGCUGCUGAUUGGUUAUUCAGUCAUAUCGAUAACUUGAACGAUUUAGUACAAAAAGAUAAAUCAUCCGAUUCCUCAGCUCCUAAACCAUCAACAUCAUCAUCACUCCAACCAGUCAGUGACGGUGAAGGUAAGUAUCAAUUAUUAGGUUUUAUUUCACAUUUAGGUAAUAAUGUUCAACAUGGUCAUUAUGUUUGUCAUAUCUUAAAAGAUGGUAGAUGGAUUAAAUUCAACGAUAGACACGUUCAACUUUCUGAACAACCACCAAAAGAAUUAGGUUAUAUUUAUUUCUAUAGAAGAUUAUACAAUUAA